CCGGUCUUUCCCAUUCAGUCCGACGCCCACACAUAAAUAGCUGAAUUUCGCCUUCCUUUCUCUUCCAAGAGCAGAGAGAACAACAACUAGAAAAUAGAAAUAUCCCAAAAAAACCAAAAUCCAUUUCCUUCUCUCUUCUCUCUCUCUGUCUCGUCACGAUUGAAAUCUGAGAGGAGCUUCGCCGAGUGGCCCAAUGGCGUCGUUGUCGUCGUCGGUUCUUCUCCGUAUUCUGCUCCUCUUAUCGCUGAUUGCUCUAUCCUUGGCCGCCGCUACAAAGGACUACCUCCUCAGCGAGGAUAAGGGCAAGUCUCCCUCCUGCCAAAACCCUAACCUCAUGCUCAAGGUUAAAAUAUGGGUUAAUGGCAAAGAAGGCGAAACUGUUGAGGGAGUUGGUGCACAAUUCGGGGCUUUGUUUCCUUCUCAAGUCGAAAAGGCAGUCAAAUGGCCUGUUGUUGUCACCAAACCCUUGACUUCCUGCAACAAAUCCUCUUCACAGUUAUCUGGAGCUAUUGCAUUGUCCACACGUGGUGAUUGUGACUUCACCGUUAAGGCACAAGUUGCACAAGCCGGAGGUGCUAAGGCGCUGUUGGUGAUAAAUAAUGAAACAGCGCUUUCCAUGAUGGGCUGUCCUGACAAUCGCACUUUUGAUCUUUCAAUAUUUGCUGCGAUGAUUGAAAAGUCGGAUGGAGAAUAUCUCAAGAAAUCUGUUGAAGAUGGAAAUAAAGUGGAGCUUCUAUUAUAUUCUCCCAAGCGUCCGCUGGUGGACUACUCUGUUAUAUUUUUAUGGUUGAUGUGUGUUGGAACGAUAGUAACGGCUUCAUAUUGGAAAACGAUUACUGUUGUCGAGCAAAAUGAUGAACCUUACAAUGAACUAGCAGAAAAGGAUUCUAAGGCGGGAACAGGGAAAGAAGAUUCUGAGGAUGAAACCUUGGUUCUUAAUGUGGGAGGUGCUGUGUGUUUUGUCAUAACAGCAUCCACGAUGCUGUUGCUACUAUACUUUUUCAUGUCUAGUUGGUUUGUGUGGGUGCUGAUCGUGCUUUUCUGCCUUGGCGGUAUUCAGGGAUUGCAUAAUGUUAUUUUGAGCCUGAUUUUGAGAAAAUGGAAAAGUGGUGGACAGAAGGGAAUACAUGUGCCUAUUUUUGAAGAGGUCUCUUAUCUCUCGCUUGUUGUAUUACUUGUCUGCGUGGCAUUUGCAAUUUUUUGGUGUGUAACGCGGCAGGCAUCAUAUUCGUGGAUUGGCCAAGAUAUUCUUGGUAUCUGCUUGAUAAUAACAAUCUUGCAAGUCGCUCAAUUACCUAACAUCAAGGUUGCGACAGUACUACUAUGUUGUGCAUUUCUCUAUGACAUCUUUUGGGUGUUCUUAUCACCCUUGAUUUUCAAAGACAGCGUCAUGAUUGCGGUUGCUAGAGGGGACAAUGCCGGUGGUGAAGCCCUACCAAUGCUUUUGAGAGUCCCUAGAUUUUUUGACCCCUGGGGUGGUCAGAAUAUGGUUGGCUUUGGGGACAUUGUGUUUCCGGGUUUGCUCGUUUUAUUUACUUUCAGAUUUGACAAGGAUAACAAGAAGUCUUUGCUCAAUGGAUACUUUCUAUGGUUGGUGAUUGGCUAUGGAAUGGGGCUUUGUUUCACGUACUUGGGUUUGUACAUCAUGAAUGGCAAUGGUCAGCCUGCACUCCUCUAUCUUGUUCCAUGCACACUAGGUAUUACAUAUAUUUUGGCUUUGUUAAGAGGUGAGGUGAAACAACUUUGGAGUUAUGGCAAUGAGCUAUUUCCAACUCUAGGUGUUCCUACACAAGGCAAUAGAUCACCUAGAGUUUGAGUUCCCAAUUGUACAUGAAAAGAAUCUCCACAAAGCUAUGUUAUAAAGAGGUUCAUUUAUUUCAUUUGUAAAGAUGCCUACUUAACACUCAACAUGUGUAGAGGAUACCAGUGCGGGCUUAUACCAUUUGAACUACUCUCUUACCUGUGUAAUGCCAAGUAUCAUGCUUUAGAUCUAAUGAAGCACUUUGUUUACCCGCUAAA